GUGUAUAAAGGCAGAAAUACCAGGAGAAACAGCACUCCUUUUCUUCUGUUCUUCCUCGAACUACUUGGAUCUUACUGGACUGUGUGGCUCUUUUUGGCGGAUUUAGUCAGUGCCAUGACUCUGGAGGACGUCUCAGACAGCAGCGACAAGAUGGAGCAGGUGAGUCGCGCGCUUGAGGAGGUUCUGGUGUCGGCUCGGCUGCACGAGUGUCUCACGGUGGGUGUGUACGAGUCCGCCAAGCUCAUGAACGCGGACCCAGACAGCGUGCGUCUGUGCGUACUCGCGGCUGACGAGGAGGACGAGGAUGACGUCGCUCUUCAGAUCCACUUCACGCUGCUCCAAGCCUUCUGUCGCGACUAUGACGUCAACAUCGUGCGGCUGGCGGCCGUCUCGCGCCUGGCACAGCUGAUCCAAGACGACGAGAGCGAGCCUCGUGACCUGCACUGCAUCCUGGUCACGAGCCCACCCGUGCAGCCGCUGCAGUGCCCCGCCCUCCAUGACGUCAUCAGCUUCUGCGAGGACAGUCGCUGCAGGAACCAGUGGGUCCCCCUAGUUGCCCUGAUGGACCGCUGAACCAGCACAAUCACACCGCUGAGGGGCGGUGCCAAACAGUCCAAUUCAAACCAAAAGUGAGGAGGAGCACACGCUCCACUCUGCCAGGUUCUAGAGGUCCGACCGCGAUGCUUCGUGUCCUGCAGGUGGGGAUGCGCUGUGACUGGACCCGGGGGUGUACGAGUGACAUCACACACGGCAACAUGGCGGCUGACUGACAGAUCAUGUGACUGCUUGAUGCUAAGCUAACUGGACACGCCAAGUUAAGGUUGCCGUGGUGAUGGUGAUGGCAGUGGUCGAAGGACAAUGUAGCGUACAUAUAAUCUGUUACAAUGCUUCCAAGUAAUGGAUUACAUUCUUCAAACAUUGAUGAAAUGUGAAAUAAAAGUGGUAACGACCUGCUGUGUAAGCACCAAUUCUU